AUGUCGGAAUCUCUCAACGGCACCCUGGGGUCGUUAUUCGUGGGCUGCAUGGUCGCAUCGGCCUUGUUCGAUCAGUUAUCCUCGAGUCUGGAUCGACUAGAGGUGCUCAUUUUCUGCACAUCUCCCGCAGGAGCUGCGACGGUCCAGACUUGCCGGUACUAUCGCCGGGGGCAUUGUUCAGAUAAGCCGUGGUUCAGAGGCAUGAUAUAUUUCCUAUGGUCUCUGGAUGCGCUCCAGCUGGCAUUCACGGCGCAUUCCCUUUACAUCAUCUCCGUGUCGCAGUUCGGCAACUUCCUUGCAUUGUUGACCCCUCCGUGGAGCCUUUGUGCUCAAGUAUUUGUUACAGAAGUUAGCACCAUGAUAGUUCGAUGUAUAUAUAUAGUCCGGUUGUGGGUUCUCAGCCAGAAGAACGUAGCACUAGUCAUCAUUAUCAUAUCUACAACGUUCUGGGCUUUCAUAUCAGGAUGCCUCUUCGGCGCUAAGGCUCUAAAUCUAGAGUCGUGGUCUGGCCUGCACGGUCCCGGAGUUGCCUGGGAUCUAUAUUCUGGUUUCGCAUCUUGUGUCGUUGCAGAUGUGGUGCUCGCAGCGUCGCUAUGUUACUAUCUGAACCAUAGCCGAACUGGAUUGAGGAGCACAAAUACUUUAGUCGAUCUACUCAUGAAGUACAUUAUAGGCACCGGAGCGUUGACUGCGAUGUGUGCGUUGGCCGUUCUGAUCACAUUUGCUGCAUUCCCGCACAACUUUGUUUUCGCUGCGUUUUACAUCAACCUUAGCAAACUAUUCACGAAUGCGCUUCUCGUCAGCCUCAACGGGCGCGAAAGGAUCAGGGACAGAAGUCGUGAGUCUCGCGAGAUUGGGAGCAUGUCUUUGGCUCGGUUCGCGCCGAACCCGAAUCUCCCCACGGAUACCAUCCGGACUUCGAAAACGUCGUCGAGCUUCAGUAUCAUGCAGUUGAAGCAUCAAGACCCGGUCGCGAAUGUGCCAGAGAGGAACAGCGCAGACAUAUUUCAGCCACAAGGGGCCUACGUAUACCCAUAUCAUACCGCGGGCAGCUCUAACCCGUCGUUACCUAUCUCUCGCUUGGAUCUAGCGAAGAUCGCUCAAUCACGAUCGCUAGCGAAGUAUAAACUUUCGCCGGUUCCGGGGCAACUAGCUGUGUACAGCGGCUAG